AAAGUUGCGGUUUUAGUUUUUCUGACAGUUGAAAGGGUUAAGUUGACAUGAGAAAAAAUUGUUUACUUUUGUAAGUGAAUCGAUUUGUGAUUUAUUUAAUUGUCACUCCAGAUUCUACAAUCGGGUUUUCGUUUAAUUUCACUCAUUAAAUUGAUUCGAUCGAUUAAAUUUCAUAUUCUCCAGUGGAUUAUGGAUGGAUAUUGUUCUGAGAUCGUCAAACAUGUUUACCUUUCGGACAUAAUGGCCGCAAGUUCACCGACAAGUAUAACUCGUUACAACAUCAAGCAUAUAAUCACUUGCAACAUAAAACCAAUUAGUGAACCUUUGGUGUCGAGUUACCUGUGGAUCGAUUCGGAGGAUAUGCCGAGACAAGAUUUAAUUUCCUUCUUCGAAAUUACCUAUUCUUUUAUCGAAAAAGCAGUCGAAAAGAAGGAGAAUGUUCUUGUCCACUGUAUCGCCGGAAUUUCUCGAUCAGCGACCAUUGUAACUGCUUAUUUGAUGAAGAAAUUAAGAAAACCCGCUGAAGAAUGUAUUGAAUUGGUUCGUAAAGAAAGAUCGAUUGUCGAUCCAAAUGAAGGAUUUCGAAGACAAUUAAAACUCUACGAAACUAUGGGCUACAAGAUCAACGUUCUCAACAAGGAUUAUCGUCUAAUCGUUUUAGAUCAAUUAGCCAGUAGAUUGUCGAGAAGACACUUUAUCCAUGAUACCGAGACUUCCAAUGCUGUUCACGAAAUUGUUCAUUCCUAUUUUACCAAAUUAUCGUCGACUGAUCAACUUUUCAAAGCGAAAGUUGUUUACAAAUGUAAAAAAUGUCGAAUCAAAUUGUUCACCGAAAUUCAUGUCAUUUCGGAUAAUCUGGUUAAUUGUAAAUCGCUUUACAUUGAACCUCAACCUUGGAUGCAAAGUAUGUUAACUGAAUUAACGGUUAGUGAUAUUAAUUGUCCUUCGUGUUUAAAAAAAAUCGGAUGUUUUGAUGUUUCCGGAAUCGAUUGUGAUUCCAAAUGUACAACCCACACAAGCAUCAGACCAGCAUUUAAAAUCAAUGUCAACGAUAUUGAUGUUGACAAUUUAGCUCUUCCAUCAACUGUAUUCAUAAGUCAAGCUCAUUAAGAUGAUCAGUUGAUAGUUAAUUAUUUGAUAUUGACAUUUUUAAUUGUGUAGUUUAAUAAAUAAUAUAAAUUGUUCAAGUUAAAUAAUAAUAAUAAAAAAAAGCUUUCAUAUUUUCUUAUGGCACAUUAAAA